AUGCCGUUGUACGCGGAUUUGUGCGUCCGUCUACAAAAUGCAUCGCGCGCAAAGUUGAGGUCUGUGCCUAUCCCUAAUACGAAGGCCAACCUAUCGAUCACAUCGAUCCUGCUCCAGCAUGGUUUUAUUUAUAAUGUUACUCGCGGCACCAUUGCAGGUCCGAGUGCUGCCGAUUACAAUGCAGCUCCCGAAGUUCGUCGGCGGUUGUGGGUGGACUUGAAAUACCGCGCCGAUGAUCGGCCUGUACUUGAGAAGAUGAACUUGGUAAGCAAGCCUUCCCGUCAACUGUCCAUGACGAACGACGAACUUCUUCGUUGGGUUACUGGUCGACGAGCCAAGUUUGUGUCACCGCUGCGUGCAGGAGAAAUCGGAAUUAUUAACUGUGGCAAGGAUGGCUGGUUUGAGGCCAAAGAAGCUAUGCGUCGCAAGCUUGAAGGCGAGGUGGUGUGCCGUGUGUCGUGA